AUGGCGUACGCACAAUCAUGGCUCGAUCUGGAGAAGAGCCUGGGUGGCCGCACGGUCAUGAGCGGAACGCCGGAAGAGAUUCGUGCCCAGUAUGAUCAACUUGUGGCGUUGUUGCUUCCUCAAUUGCCUCCCCCAUCAGACGCCGUCGAGAGCAAAGACGGUGAAGUCGAGGGCAUCAAGUACCGCUUGUAUACACCAAAGGAAGCUGCCAAAUCAGGCCCCCUACCUGUCGCCAUCUGGACGCACGGCGGAGGCUGGAUGACUGGCGACCUCAACUCGGACGAUUUGCUCUGCAGGGUUGUUGCUGAAGCUGUUCCCUCAAUUGUCAUCAGCAUCGACUACCGCCUUGCCCCCGAGCACAAGGUCCCCACACAGCUCCAGGACUGUUUGACCGUGUACAAAUGGGCACGACAAAACGCCGCCUCGUAUGGUGGUGACCCAAACAAAUUCUACACCGUUGGUGGCUCUGCAGGUGGUGCACUGGCGCUCCAAAUCGCCAACCGUCUGGUCAAAGACCCCUCGAAGCGCGAUGGCAUCAAGGGUGUCGCCGCCGUUGUGCCCUGUACGCUGCACUGGGACAACGUCCCAGAGGAGUAUAAGGGUAUCUAUAAAGCGUACGAGGAGAACAAGGAGGGCGUCCCUAUCAUCGACAAGACCUCGAUGCAGAUUUUCUACGAACACGCAGGCGCCGAUCCCAAGGACAGCGACAUCUUCACCGCUCUGGCCACAGAUAACCACGCCAACUUCCCUCCCACAUAUUUCGUCAGCUGUGAAAAGGAUCCCUUGAGAGAUGAUGCGUACGUGAUGGAAGCCGCACUGAAGAAGGCAGGUGUCCCUACCAAGCACGACCACUACAAGGGAUUGCCUCACUAUUUCUGGAUCUUCCCCUCUGUGCCCGAGGGGCAGCAGUUUGUGGCCAACUUGAUUGGGGGUAUCAAGUGGCUUGUGUCGCAGAUCGCCGAUGGCUUCACCUCCGCCAGCGGUCUCGACAGUCCCGUCACACCGGGCGGUGCCGGUGCUGAUGUUCUCCCUUCGUCCAAGCGGUCUACAGCCCUGACCGCCAAACUCACCAGCGUCCUCUCCGCGUCCUACGCCGACUACGAGACCCGCGAUGCGUUGCGCCUCCUCGACGAGCGAGGCGUCCGCAAUGACGAGGAUACAAGGAGGAACCUCAAGGCCAACGCACAAAAGGAGGUGAUCGAUUGCAAUGCACAGAUCGUGGAUGAUUUCGGUGUGGUUGCGGAGCAACUGAAGCGCGUCGGGGCCUUGCUCGCGACCCUCAACACCACGUGCGAAUCAAUGCGCACGCACAUCCUCGCGGCGAAACAAGAGUCCGCGCCAACGCUGGAGGAAUUCUCCACGCUCAUGACGCGCAAACGGGAGACUGAGGUGAAAGAGUCCCUCUUGACCGCGUUCACCAGCCACUUCCUCAUCUCUAAUCAAGAUCUGAACAUUCUGACCAGCUCCGCGGAGCCGCUCGACGAACGCUUCUUCUCGAUCCUGGCGAGGUGCAAGCAGAUCCACAAGGACUGCGAGUUUCUUUUGGGCUACAACUCCUCUCCUUCCGGCGAGGAGGAAGGCACGUCCCGACUGGGCUUGGAGUUGCUUGAACAGACUACCCGCAACCUGGAUGCGGCCUUCAAGAAGCUCUACAACUGGAUCCAACGAGAAUUCAAGACGCUCGACCUCGAAGACCCCAAUAUCAGCGGCUCGAUUCGUCGCGCGUUGAGGGUCCUCAGUGAGAGGCCGAGCUUGUUCCAGAACUGCCUCGACUUCUUUGCGGAAGCGCGACGAGCCACGUUGGCAGAGGCGUUUCAUGAAGCCCUGACAGGCUCGGGUCAUCAUGGAGGUGCUGCGACGAAAGCGAUUGAAUUCUCCACCCACGAACCGUUACGGUACAUCGGCGAUAUGCUUGCGUGGGUGCACUCCGCUGCAGUGUCGGAGAAGGAAGCUCUCGAGGGGCUCUUUGUGUCCGAUGCUGAAGAGAUUUCGCGGGGUCUCAGCGCUGGCAAGGCCACUGAUCCGUGGGCUCGAAUCAGCAGUGGCCGACAGAGAAGGGCGUCAUCUGCGUCGAGCUCAGAUGCGGAGAAAGAAGAUGGUGACGAGCAGCCGGUCUUCGAUGGCCGCAAGGCCCUGUCCGAACUCAUCUCCCGCAAUCUCUCCCUCGUCUGUCAGACCUUGCAAUCACGGAUCGACGUUGCCGUGCGCACUUCGGGGGAUCCUGUGCUCAUGUUCAAGACCUUCAACCUUUUAGAUUUCUAUCGCGGCAUCUUCUCCAAACUGCUGGGGCAGGACUCAACCCUAGCCAGGCUCAUCCAGACUCUGCAAUCAUCGACACUGGCACAGUUUGAACAAGCAAUGGAAGAAGAGACCACCACCGCCAUUGCAAGCAUGGAUUCGGAGCCACCGCGCGAUCUCACGCCGCCGGUGUUCCUGGCCACGGCCUUGAGACAGUUCAACGACGUAUGUCAGGCGCGAGGUCCCCAGAUGACGGAGCCGGAACUCGAGCGACUCUUUACGUCGAUGCUAAGCGGGAUCCUGGCCGCGUGCGCCGAGUCCGCAACCAAUCUCGCGGACGUGCGGAGAGCCAGCAUCUACAAGAUCAACUACCUGACCGCGCUGAAGGCGACACUCGCAAACAUCUCGGCCCACGUCCCCCCUGCCCGGAUCCCACUGGAGAAAGCCGCCAGGGAGAUCCAGACGGUGCGGGACCAGCUGGUCGAAUUCGUCACUUCGACGUUCCUCGAAUUCUCCGGCGUCGCGGAGCUCAUGCAAGAAAUCGACUCGCGCAGGGGACAAGGCCCAAAGGCCCGACGGGCCUGGCUCCUCCAAAACCUCGACGAGGCCGCCCAGCGGCUCGACGCGUUCCUCUCCUCUGCCCUUAUGGACGCGCAGGAAGCCAUGAAACCCCUGUUCGACCGCCCACUGGCCCAGGAUGUGGUGGCCGAAGCGGUGGAGAAGUUCUGCUCCGAGUACGAUGAUUUGGAGGGCAUGCUAGAGAUGGUCGAUACUGAGACUUCCGUGUCAGCGUCAGCAUCGGCGGGAGAGGGAGACGGCGACGAUGGCGAUGACGAUGACCAAAGGUCAGAGGAUCAGGGGGACAAGAGCGCCACUGGCCCGGUCGGGUCAGUGAGAGAAUCGUAUCCCAGGACUGGGGCAGAAGUGCGCGCUCUUCUGAGCUAG